AUGUCCAGAGCUAAAGAGAUUAAGGAAAAAUUGGCAUUACAGGCUCAACUGCAAUCUUCAUUCAAUGAUACCAAUUUGCAGGUCAGUAAGUGGCUUGACGGAGUUGAUUCUACGGGCGAUAAGAACGAUGUGGCACAGUCAAAGGCCUCAUUUUAUCAGCUUCCGGUUAUCGGAAUAGGAUCAGGAUUGGUUUUUGAUGAUAAAAGCGAUGAUAAGGAAGAUAUUUCAACCAUUGGAGAGUUUAUAGAUAGCAAGAAGAAGGUUGCAUCGUUGGCCAAGAAGAAAAAGAGGAACGUCAACCAAGAAGCUAAAAACAACGGCCUAUACACAUCUAGCGCUAAUGACACUAAAGCUAUGACAGCAUUAAAACGCAAGAUACGAAAAGAUUACAGGGAGAAAACCUUAAGAAGUGAAGUGAAAGAGUCAGUGCCUGCAAGCAGUACAUCGAAGGGUAAAAAUGAGUUUCCAAAUGACUCUGAAGAAGACAGUGAUGAAGACCCUAAGGUAGAGAAAGUAGCUAAAAAGUCCUUCGGGCUCCUAUUUGAUGGAAAGAAGAAGAGGAAAGCCAAUCGAUAA